CAUUCGGUUUGUUUUAACUACUCAUUCUUCUUGCAGACAGCAGUAGCAGUGAAUUAGGGUUUUUUUUUUUUGAGAGCGGAAGAAUGGGGCAUUCGAAUGUGUGGAACUCUCAUCCAAAGAGCUACGGCCCUGGAUCUCGUACCUGCCGAGUGUGCGGGAAUCCUCACGGAUUGAUCCGGAAGUAUGGGCUGAUGUGUUGCAGGCAGUGCUUCCGCAGCAACGCCAAGGAAAUUGGCUUUAUCAAGUACCGUUAAGUGAUGAAUCCUUUCGUUUGGGCCCCUUGUGGAGAGUUUCUAAGCGUGGCUUUGCUUGGCUUGGUGGUAGUGUUUAGAUCUCUUGCAGCAUAUGAUCCUUUUAAUGGUUAAUGAUUUAUUGAAGGGUGAUAGAAGCAAGUCAUGAGACUGUUAAACCAAGAAAUAUUGUUUUUGAUAGAUUUAUUUGGUUCUUAAUGGAAGAUAAGUCUUUUUGAUUAUUGAAACUAA